AUGGGUUCGCAACAGCAGCAAGAGAGUGUCACGACCCUCUCGGUGGACAAUCAUGAUGAAAAAGCCGACAGGGAGCUCGACCUCGAAAAACAGCCUACGAAUAAACCAAUUACAAAUGCAGCCUCAGCUCUACCACUAUACCCCGAGACAGACCUGAGUCGCGGACUCGUUGGAUGGGAUGGGCAAGAUGAUCCUGCAAAUCCUCAAAACUUUGCCGGUUCCAAGAAAUGGGCCUUGCUCGGUCUCAUCAGCGCAUUCACAUUUGUAUCACCACUUGCAUCUAGCAUGUUCUCACCCGCUGUCGUCUAUGUUGGGGAAGAUUUCAAUGAGUCAAACGAGACAAUUCUCUCCAUGAGUGUCAGCAUCUAUUUAAUCGGAUACACUGUUGGGCCACUCUUCCUGGCCCCCUUGAGCGAGAUUUAUGGUCGCCGGGUAGUUCUGAGUAGUGCUAAUUGGUUCUUUGUCGUUUGGCAAAUUGGCUGUGCUCUUGCCAAAAACAUCGAAACUCUCAUUGUCUGUCGUCUAUUUGCAGGUAUAGGAGGAUCCGCCUGUGUAACCCUUGGUGCUGGAGUGGUUGCAGACUUGUUUCCUCGAGAGUCUCGCGGACGAGCAACUUCGAUCUGGAGUAUGGGCCCAUUGAUAGGUCCUGUCAUAGGACCCAUUGCUGGCGGCUUUCUGGGGGAGCAAGUCAGCUGGCAGUGGGUUUUCUGGCUUUUGCUCAUUCUUGGUGGGUCUAUGCAGGCAGGGAUUGAAGUUCUUAACAAGGAAACAUACGCCCCCGUUAUCAUCAAGUGGAAGGUUCAAGAGCUGUCCAAGGAACUUGAUCGCACUGAUCUGAUCAGUGCGUAUGAUGUUGGCAAGGAGCCACAAUCUACCAAGCAAAUCCUAAAACGAAGUCUGCUUCGCCCUGCGUUGCUAAUUUGCAAAUCCCCAAUCGUGAUGGCUCUCUGCUUGUAUAUGUCUCUAGUAUACGGCCUUUUAUACCUUUUCUUCACAACGAUUUCCACCGUUUUCACCAGUACCUAUGGAUUCAGUGUUGGCGUGUCGGGACUUGCGUAUCUAGGAAUCGGCCUAGGUUUUGCAGUAGGCCUUUUAAUUAUGGGUCUGACCAAUGAUCGUAUGGUUGCAAGGCUCACUGCUCAGAACGGCGGCAAGUUCGAGCCUGAAAUGCGCAUGCCAACUAUGAUCAUUUUUGCCUGCAUUAUACCAAUCAGUUUCUUUUGGUACGGUUGGACUGCUGAUAAGCACGUCUUCUGGAUUGUUCCCAUCAUUGGCAUGUUUCCAUUCGGCGUUGGCAUGAUGGGAGUAUUCAUGCCUAUCCAGACAUACGUGAUUGAUUGCUAUCCGGCUUAUGCGGCUUCGGCUAAUGCGGCAUUGACGGCAACACGAUCGCUUGUCGGUGCUCUUCUACCUCUUGCUGGGCCAUCCAUGUUUGAUUCAUUGGGUCUUGGAUGGGGCAAUUCAUUACUCGGAUUCCUGGCGCUCGCGUUUGUCCCCAUUCCAAUCAUCUUCAUCAAAUUUGGAAAGAAUAUUCGAGAGAGGUGGCCUGUCGAUCUGGAAGGCAAAAAGAUUUGA